AUGUUAGUGCAAGCAGUUCAAGAGUUCAUGACCAGCGGUGCCCCUCUGUGCGCCUUCGUUGUUCCAGUCUAUUUAUGGAAGAUUGAAGUCGCCCAUUAUGUGGAAUCGCGAAGAUUUACUCAGUCGUCCGGCAAAAAGGGUCUCACAUGCAGCGAUUCUUCAGGCCGAAAUCCGGUCGUGAUCAUCACCCUGAGUUUAAACCUUAUCCACCAAGCGACGGAACGAAUCAGUCUGCUCCAUGACGAGAAGCUUUUCAGUUUCCUUAACAGGGAGGAGGUGACGUCUGGUUCCGCCGUCAUUACCACUCUCUUGGCUUCGAUCAGCUCAACGGGCGCGCCAGUGUACGUAGACUACUGCUCCGUAUCCCGUCUUGGACGCGUCGGAGAACAUUUGCAGUUCGGCUUUCGUCGUUUGGCUGCAUCGGCUGGGCCGACGCGGGAUCCGUAUCUGACCCAGUCUCGCUAG